AUGCCGAACCCAGCGCCGAAAGAAGAUACAUGGGCGUUUCAGCCGAUUGGAGCACCGUUCCCGCCGAGUCCCGUCAAGUGUAUGGGCGAGCAGAACAUGUACGUCGCUCUGUGGUACAAACACGGAAAACCGAUUCAUGGACGUUCGUGGAACAACGGUGGAGUUGUCGAGUGCUCGUUCCCGUACAAGCAAGCCGAGUUGACCACCAAACAACAGUUGGAGGGACAGAUCCAGGUGUUGCAGUAUGUUGGAGACCAUAAUGAUCAAGGUUUCUGGUAUGAGUGGAUCAAGUACAAGGACCGCAUCGAGAAGCUCGACGACAAGCACCAACUCGUCCGCUGUGGAGACUCCUUCCCGAUCUUCUGGAAGCGCGCCGAAGGAAAUCUCCUCGGAUACGUUGACAACAAGACCGAGGAAGCUUGGUUCUCGUUCAACGGAAAAGUCAUCAAACAGCUGGGACCCCAACUCAAUGACAUGUACAUUAUCACCCGUAACUGCAUCGGUGGACCGCCAAGUUGUACUUGCGCCGCCUGUGGAGGACAGCCACGUGGACCGAAGGUUGUGAGAGAUGAAUGGAUGGACAUUCGUGAGGGAGACGCUUGGCCAACCAACAAGCAGCUGGUUCGUGCGUUGGACAAGUCGCUGGACACGUUGCCGGGUGUCGCUGCCGAUCAAUAUGUCGCACUUUGGUACAUGCAAGGAGAGCCGGUGAUGGGACGUGUUUGGAAUGAGGGUGGAAAGAUUGCUGCCAACUUCUCCUGGUUCAACAACGAAUACUGCAAGAAUGUCGGAUCCAUCCAACUCCUCGUCCACCUUCCAGACACUGUUCGUGGCUACGACUACGGUUGGAUUCCAUUCCCAGAGGCUGCCAAGUUCGGAGACAAGGAAUGGCACCCGGUCCAUGUCAACAACCACAAGGGAGACAUCUCUGUCGGAGUCGUCAACGUCGCCGGAGGAAAACAGAUACUCGCCAAGGUCGACGUCCGUAACGAGUCGUACGGAUAUGGUUACCAAGGAAAGGAGGUGUCUGCUCGUGGACCGGCUUGCGCUUCCAGCACCAUUGUUCUCUGCCGUAAGGCCAAACCAGGACACAAGUUGGACGGAUAA